UCUAAGUGCACAUAAGUUAAUUGGCUUUGUUUUCAUAAGUUUAUUGGCUUUGUUUUCAUCACCAGGUCAUUGGGAACAACAUGAUAAUGGUUGCACUAAAACAGGAAGUUAUAAAUCUCUGUUUAUAAAACCCUUCUGCAAAUUUGGCUAUUCUCAACAAACCAUUGAUUUUUGUCAUUGAUAUCCAAAGAUAUUGGACAUGGGUUGGUGUUUAUGAAUUCAGUUUGUGAAGGACAUGAUUCAAAUCUGAAGAUCUAAGGCUAGUGACAUAGUGGGCUUUUCUAUUUGUCUCUUGACUGGUUUUCUUGAAUGGAAGCCAUUGAUGGUAGGAAGGUAAUGGAGAGGCAUGGAGUUAAAAUUGAAAGGCAUCCAUCAGAGUCUCGUUUGUCUGAUCUUGGUAUUCGCUCUUGGCCUAAAUGGGCUUGUCCUCCAGGAAAAAUUUCAUUGAAGUUUGAUGCAGAAGAAACAUGCUAUCUUGUGAAGGGGAAAGUGAGAGCUUAUGUGAAAGGAAGCUCUGAAUAUGUUGAAUUUGGUGCAGGAGACUUAGUGGUCAUACCAAAGGGUAUGAGCUGCACUUGGGAAGUUCAUUCAGCCAUUGAUAAAUAUUACAUCUUUCACCAUUGACUGUUAUUCCUGGAGAUUAUCAGAGCUUGGGAUGAGAUGGGAAUGUUCAAAGCCUUUGCUAAUGUAAUAAUUAUACCUUUUUUUUGGUUUCAUUAAAGAAACUGCACUUCUAUAUGAUUCAUGUCAUACAAUUUGUACCUUUGACAGAAGGCAAUUGGAUACUUUCUAGUCUUAUUA